AUGAAAAAAGUCAACCAAACCUACAGUGUCUCUGAAUUCAUACUCCUGGGACUUUCCUCCCAACCAGACGACCAGAAACCACUCUUCAUCCUCUUCCUCACCAUGUACCUGGUCACCAUAACAGGAAACCUGCUCAACAUCCUGGUCAUCCGAUCUGACUCUCACCUCCAAACCCCCAUGUACUUCUUCCUGAGCUUCCUGUCCUUCACUGACAUUUGCUUCAGCACAACCAUUGUCCCCAAAAUGCUGGUCAAUUUCCUAUCAGAAAAGAAGACUAUCUCCUAUGCUGGGUGUCUCACACAGAUGUAUUUCACUUAUGCUUUGGGCAACACUGACAGCUGUCUCUUGGCAGUGAUGGCCUUUGAUCGCUAUGUGGCCAUCUGUGACCCCUUCCACUAUGUGACUAUCAUGAGCCACCGCCGCUGUGUCCUGCUGGUGGCUUUCUGCUGUUCAUUUUCUCUCCUCCACUCACUCCUACACACGCUUCUUCUGACACUUCUCAACUUUUGUGAUGCGAAUGUUAUUCACCACUUUCUCUGUGACAUUAACCCUCUGCUGAAAUUAUCCUGUUCCUCCACAUUUAUCAAUGAAAUUGUCAUUAUGAUAGAAGCACCUAUUGCUCUGGUGACCCCAUUUCUGUGCAUUGUUUUAUCUUAUAUACGAAUCCUCAUUGUGGUUCUCAAGACCCCCUCAACUGCUGGAUUACGCAAAGCCUUCUCCACCUGUAGCUCCCACUUGACUGUGGUAACUCUCUUUUAUGGAAGCAUCUUCUAUGUUUAUUUACAGCCCUUAUCCAGCUAUACUGUUAAAGCCCAUGUGGCCACAGUUGUCUACACAGUUCUGUCCUCUAUGCUGAACCCUUUUAUUUAUAGUCUGAGAAACAAAGACAUGAAGAGGGGUGUAGUGAAGCUGAUGAGGGGGCUCAAAUACUAG